GACGCGGCUCCCCAGCACUGGGGCCGGGGCGUCUCUGCCCGCUCCUCCUCUGUCGCUGGAGAGCUGCCGGGCUGAGCAACUGGGAGAAGCAGGCCAGAGCCUUCCAGGGCCUCGGGCCCGGGGCCCCGUGGAGGAUGAGCUGGCUCUUUCCCCUGAGCAAGAGCGCCUCCUCCUCCGCAGCUGGGUCUCCCGGUGGCCUCACCAGCCUCCAGCAGCAGAAGCAGCGCCUCAUCGAGUCCCUGCGGAACUCGCAUUCCAGUAUAGCUGAAAUACAGAAAGAUGUGGAAUACAGGUUGCCAUUCACCGUAAACAACCUGACAAUUAACAUUAAUAUAUUGCUCCCUCCACAAUUUCCUCAGGAAAAACCAGUGAUCAGUGUUUAUCCACCAAUACAACAUCACUUAGUGGACAAACAAGGAGUGUAUGUUACCUCUCCGUUAGUAAGCAAUUUUACAAUGCACUCAGAUCUUGGAAAAAUUAUUCAGAGUCUAUUGGAUGAGUUUUGGAAGAAUCCUCCAGUUUUAGCUCCUACUUCAACAGCAUUUCCAUAUCUGUAUAGUAACCCAGGCGGGAUGCCUCCUUAUGCUUCUCAGAGUUUUCCAUUUCUUCCUCCAUAUCCUCCUCAAGAAGCCAACAGGACUAUCAGUUCUCUGUCUGUUGCUGACACUGUUUCUUCUUCAACGACAAGUUACACGACAGCCAAACCUGCCGCUCCGUCAGUUGGUGUCCUCUCAAACCUGCCAUUGCCCGUUCCCACGACAGACACUUCCACACCGAUAAGCCAGAAUGGUUUUGGUUACAAGAUGCCUGAUGUCCCUGAUGCAUUUCCAGAACUCUCAGAACUAAGUGUGUCACAACUUACAAAUAUGAAUGAACAAGAGGAGUUAUUACUAGAGCAGUUUCUGACUUUGCCUCAACUAAAACAAAUCAUUACUGACAAGGAUGACUUAGUAAAAAGUAUUGAGGAGCUAGCAAGAAAAAAUCUCCUUUUGGAGCCCAGUUUGGAAGCCAAAAGACAAACUGUUUUAGAUAAGUAUGAACUGCUUACACAAAUGAAGUCUGCUUUUGAAAAGAAAAUGCAAAGGCAGCAUGAACUUAGUGAGAGCUGUAGUGCGAGUGCCCUGCAGGCAAGAUUGAAAGUAGCUGCACACGAAGCUGAGGAAGAAUCUGAUAAUAUUGCAGAAGAUUUCUUGGAGGGAAAAACUGAGAUAGAUGAUUUUCUCAGUAGCUUCAUGGAAAAGAGAACAAUUUGCCACUGUAGAAGAGCCAAGGAGGAGAAACUUCAACAAGUGAUAGCGAUGCACAGCCAGUUUCAUGCUCCACUCUAGAUUUUCUUGAAAACAUGAACUGCCAAGAGAGGAAUGGGACACAAAACUAAGCACAUUUAUAUUUAUAAUUUGCAAAUUGGCAUUUCAUCACAGUGGCUGAAUUCAUAGAUCUACUCUAUAGAUUGGAUACAGAACUGAGACUGAUUUUGUACAGAUUAGAAUGAUUGCUAUGAUCUUUGCUCUGAGGAUUUUUUCUGCACUAUUUGCACUAAAAAUGUUUAUUUAUUGUUGAUAAAUCCUAUCAUAUUUAAGUUCAACUGCUCUUCCUCUCUUAUUGUCAAUUAAAUACCUAUGCAUGUAAUUUUAGCUAGUUUUGACUUUAUAAAAUUACUUCAUUUAAAUAUGUAUUUUUAAUUUGAAACUGCCUCAUUUCUUUAUUAAGAAUGGUUGGUUUAGAUUUUUUUCCUCUCAACCUUUUAUGAAAAAUUAUUAUUUCAACUGUAGACUCUUAUUUUUCCUCUUUCUUUCUGGAUGAUAAAAAAUUCAAAUAUAAUUUGUUCUUAACUAUUCAUAAUGUCAGGAAACACUGACCUUCCAUUGUGCUGCCUCCAGAAAGUAACUUUUAAUACAUACAAUAAAUCAAAAAAGCAAACCAGCUGUUUUUAUAUAUUGUUUUAUUUUUAAAAUUAAAGAUGCAUUUAAGAGGCAAUAAGGUGAAUAAAUAAUUUACCUAAGAAAAAGCUGCCUUUUACUUAAACUAGUCCAACAUAAACUUGCAUGCUAACUUUUUAAGUACAUGAUGGGUUUGUGGUUAGAUGAGGAUAUGCUCACUAAAUUCCUAAUGUUAAAGUUUAAAACAAAUUUUUUUGUUAGUAAAUAGUAAAUCUAAACACAAAAAAGUCAGUGAAUUUUUCUGACCUUUACUGUAUUAACUUUUCAUAAAAGAAAUGCUUUAGUAAUAAUAUUUUUAGGCAGUCUAGUUUUUAAUUAAUUUAAUUAGAUUUUCCUCUGUACCAUGUUAAGCAGUUUGCUUUUAUAUCAUAUUACAGAAUGAACGUAUUUUAUGGAUAGCCAUGAAAGCUAAUUAAGUAGAAAAAUCUGAACUAAAUAUCUGAGGCUUGGUAAAGUAUAUCCAGAUCACCAGACAACCUAAUGCGUAUUUUUGUAACUUCAUCCCAAUAUGAUUGCCACUCCAAACACCAGCAUAAAAUACAGUUUUUUCUUUUCGUCAUUCUUUCUGUGCAUGUUUUUGGCAAUAGAACUUUAAGAAAAACAAAAUUAUGUUCUUAGACUUGAAAAAUACUUAACACUUACUCGAUGUGGAAGGGCAAGUAUUCACAUGGACUAUAAAGAUACAAUUUGGGUAAAGAAAUUAACUUUUAUUAAUCUCCUAUCUUCCUGGCCCUGGGCUAAGGGCAUGUCAUUUAAUCUUCAAAAGGACCGGACAAGGAAGGUAUAAUUAUCCCGGAUGUAUAGAUGAAAUAACUGAGGUAAGUGUUCAAAUUUGUGUCAGAGUCUUCUGGGUAUUUAGAAACUUUUCCAUAUUGUGCUGGCCACUGGAAGCUUUCAUUUUCCAGGACGGAAAAUAGCCUGCAUUUGAAUACGUAUAAAUUUUGGUUCUCUUGUUACAAUAAAAAUUGAAUGACUUUUUUGUA